CACACACACACACACACACACACACACACACACACACCCUCCCUGCCUGUCUCACUCUUCUUCUGUCUCUCACUCCUCCGGUUCUCCGGGUUUAGCUGACGGUGUGAUCCUUUAACAACAUGCAUGCGGGAGGGAGAGAGCAGCACGCGCACUCCGUCACCAGGCUCGCGCUCUAAACCGUGCGCUGGGAUUUAUCAGCGGUCUCGCGCUCUUUCGGCUAGCAGGUCGCUGCAAGGCAUUAAUAAACACGUGAGCGCACGCGUUGGUACUCUGUAAUGAUCCGGAGCGCUCUAUCGGAGCUCCAUGCACUCUCCGCGCGUAUGCACGCGUGACCGGAGCCGCUUCUGUGUCCGUGCGCGAGCGAUACAUGGCCGCGGCUAUCGCGAGCUCGCUCAUCCGGCAGAAACGGCAGGCGCGCGAAUCCGGCAACGAUCGCGGGGCCGCUUCGGCGCGCCGUUCGAGCCCCGGUAAAGAGGCGCGCGCGCUGUGCGGCAGGCGCCUGUACGGUCUCUUCAGCAAAGUGCGCUUCUGCAGCGGCGGGAAGAAGCGGCCCGCGCCUCGGAAACCAGAGCCACAGCUGAAGGGGAUUGUGACAAGGCUGUUCAGCGAACAGGGGUUUUACCUGCAGAUGAAACCAGAUGGAACCAUUAAUGGGACCAAAGAUGAGAACAGCGACCACACUCUUUUUAAUUUGAUUCCAGUGGGUCUGCGUGUUGUGGCCAUUCAGGGUGUGAAGGCAGGACUUUAUGUGGCCAUGAACGCUGAGGGAUUCCUCUACACAUCAAAUGUUUUUACAGCAGAGUGUAAGUUUAAGGAGAGUGUGUUUGAGAAUUACUAUGUGAUCUACUCGUCCACUCUGUAUCGUCAACAUGAGAGCGGACGUGCCUGGUUUCUCGGCCUCAGCAAGGACGGCAUCAUCAUGAAGGGGAACCGUGUCAAAAAAACCAAACCCUGCUCACACUUUGUCCCUAGACCCAUUGAGGUGUGUAUGUACAAGGAACCGUCACUGCACGAGUUAGAAGAGAAGCUGCGCAGCCGGAAAGACUCAGGGACGCCGAGCAUGAAUGCAGAGAAUCUGCCGAACCCGGACUCGACCGAGCAGGAUGGCUCAUAGCUGCUCACUCACACCCUCACAAACUCACACAAACACACUCGCAAACUCACAGACACACACACACACACAUAGCACCUCACAGAAUUCACACCUCAACAGGAGAAAAAAAAAAUCACCCAAGAAACAGCAGAUUGAAAUCUGCAAUCCUGUGAAUGUCUCAGAAAGGAAACAAAGAAAAAAAAAAGGAAAGAAAUCCUGUAUUUGAAAUCAGGACAUUUUAUGCAAAGCCUGCCGAGCGUGCGUGUGUGUGUGUGUGUGUGUGUGUGUGUUAUACCUUGGACACGAAAGGAAAAUGCUGUCUAUAUGUAUGUGUUUGUUUGGAAGUUUAAGCUUUAAAGCCAUGUACCAAUCCUCACAUGUCAAUUUACGAAUGCAAAAGCACCUUCAUGCGCUUCUUUCUGUUUGCGUGUGUGUGUGUGUGUGUGUGUAGGUGUGUGUAUGAAUGUGUGUGUGCUGCUCUAAUCAUCGCUAUCAAUCGUCGGUUUCAGAUUCUGCUCUCCGAUUGGCUCAAGUGGUGAACGCUCUUGCUCUGUACUCGGGCGAUGGGUGUCAUUGUGAUCUCAGUGGACUCCAAAUUGUUGUCAUGUCAGAAGUUCAGAAACAUUUUGAUUUAACGUGCUUGAAAUGAAUCGGUCCGAAAUGUUUGUUUGCACAUAACAGCUUUUUAUUCGGUAGCAUUUUACAAGAUGGCUGUAUAUAAUUUACAUUACGUGCCAGGCUUUGUUCGAGCUUAGCAGCGCACUAGCUACAUACGCUCGCCGUCGGCACUAACGAUCCCUGCUGCUUCGUUCCAAGCUUCAUUGUCUUUCAUAAUGUCUCUACACACUACAGACUAUACGACAGGAUUAACGUUAAGUUACUUGGAAACUACAAGCAGGAAGUAAGUAGGGAGCUGAAGAAACCUUAAACAACAUGUGAUUUACGAUUGCUCUGAGGAGUCAUUUGAUUGGUUGUAUAACUUUACAGCGUUGUAAAUAAUUUGCAUAGAAUUUGCAUAGAAAUCACUGUCGCUCCGACAUACACAGAAAACGAACGGUCGUCUGAAAUGUUCUCGCUACUUGGUGUGAAAGUAAGGUAAGAAACCUCAAAAGAGGUAAAAAGGUACCAGUUUUAGGUAGUUCGAUGGAAAUGCAGGUGUGUAACUGUUUUUUUGGAGUACUUUUGAAGGGCGGUGGAGGGGCAGGCUGGCUUUAGUGAUUACCAAUUUUGCCCCACAUCUCCAGGGUCAUUUCUGUGUGUGUGUGUGUGUGUGUGUCCUCCAGGAAAACCUCUGGGUUCUCCAGUUUCCGCCCCAAAGUCCUAAGACAUGCCUGUUAGGCUGAUCUCUAAACUGUCUGUAAUGCCUGAAUGUUGUCGUGCCCUGUGACAGGUUGGCACCCCGUCCUGGGUGCCUCGUGCCCCGAGUCCCCUGGGUUAGACUCCAGGUUCCCUGUAACCUUGUGUAGGAUAAGUGCUACAGAAAAUGGAGGUAUGGAUGGAUGACUUGUGAGGAACUGGUGAAUCCUUACAGGAGUCAGAUGUUUAUGAGACGUUUUAACUACGAUGCAUGUUAGCGACGCUAGUCUUAAGCCGCGCUGCAGCACGUGACGGCUUGCUGACGGCUUUUCUGUUGUGCGGAUGUUGUGGGCUACAUGUUUUUAAGAGCUCUGAUGUGUUUAAUUUAUUACACUUUUGUUUUUCUUAAUGCAUUUUGAAAACGCUUUGCACUUCUGAGCCUUAUUAUCACUCAAGGAUAUAUUCGAGUUAGGCUUUAAAUCUUUAGGCUGCUUUUGUUUAAAUCCUGAGAGAAAAGGUCUAAUCCGCGUCGUGUCCGAAUUCUUUUUAUCUGACUGUUCACUUUCGCCGUCACGUCUGUAUUUGUAUCUGAUCUAUCUCUUUCUGAAAUAUGGGUUCUUUUUAUUUUGUUUUAUCCCACUAUAUCUCAUCUCAACCUGUCUAAUCUCUCCCGUCUGAUCCCUCUGUCUUGUUAUCAGACGUAUCACUGUCAAUGCUUUUUACCUUUGUUCACAUUCUGUUAUCUCUGGAUCUAACCACACUGUCUGAUCUCUUUGUGGUGUCUCAUUUCUUUGUGUCUAUCCUUUCGCUUUAUGAUCUCGCCUUUUUGUUUUGUUGUUUGAUUUUUGUUUCGAAUCUCUCACUAUUUUUACUCAGUUCUAGCUUAUCCCACUGUCCAAUCUGUCCAAUCUUUUUUUUUUCUACUUUUGUCUACUUUAAAAUUUCCAAUAUAUAAUUGUCUGAUUUCUCAACAGUAUCUUACUCUGCAUGCAUCUUUUAGUGUUUGUACGACUUUUGGUAUGAUUUCCAUGUGUGAUCAUUUUAAAUCUGAUCUAAUCCGAUUGAUAUUGUCUCACUAUGUCUUUGCUACAUCAGAUUUUUCUGUCCCAUACCAUUUUGUCCCGUGUAUCCUUCCAAACUUCCAUCUCUGUUACAUUAAGUCUAAUUUAUUCAAUCUCUGAUAUUUUACACACUAGGAUGGAUGUUGGAAUAUCAGUGCUUCUAAUCUCUAUACAUCUAAUCCUUCUAUCUGUCUGAUCUUUGGGAUCUCUGCCAUUUCUUCUCUCUCCCUCUCUGAUCUGCAUGUUUGAUCUUAUAUUUGCCAUGAAUUUUUGUCUCGCGUCUAUAAUUUCGCUCACCGUCUUUGUAUCUAACCUUGUCUUGAUCGGAUGUCGGAGGUCUGAUAUCAUCAUCAGAUCAGUGUCUUCCAUGAUCUCUCUUUAUUUUAUAUAUUUUCUGUCUGUCUAAUCUUUCAAAUAGAGAGAACAGAUAUGUCAGGGAUCAGACGCAUAGACUCCGUAGUGUCUAUCUAAUCUCUCACUGCCCGAUCUCUUGUUUUUUAGUGUCUGAUCUCACUGUCUGAACUCUAAUGAUUGUAAACACUCUGUUUGGAGUGUGUCUUCCUGCCAAAAGCACAGACUGCCCUUUAGACACACCCACCAACUCACCGUCCAACACACACACACACACACACACACACACAUAUGCAGUAUAUAUACACACACAACACCUGAAUCUGAUUUGCCACUGAGGUCACGGCCCAUCAUCUUUUGGUCCGAUGAAAGAGUCAGUUGCAGUCUUUAGCCAUAGGGGGCGAAUUUCGUGAAAAGUCUUCCAUUAGGAGAGCAGCACCAGCAUCACUUGCACAGGUCAGAGGUCAUCGGGUUGGUGGGGUGUAAAUAAAGAUGUCCGUCUGGGUUUGAGGAAACGUCGCGAUUAUUAACGACUGCCUGACUCUGAUGACUGUCUGUUCACAAAAACCAGAAUGUUGAUUUCAUUAGUUGGUGUUUGCACUUUAAUUAAUUAACACAUUCAAGAUGUGUAAUGUACAAAUGUGUGUGUGUGUGUGCGUGUGUGUGUGUGUGUGUGUGUGUGUGCAUGACGCUGACCAUAAGGAUGACCAGAUCAUUUACAUUAAAAUACUGAAACC